AUGCCAGUGACACUGGCACGACAGUUUUUCGUAUCCUCCUCUCCACCACCAUGCCGCUUUGGAAACAGCAAACCAACCUCUCCACCGACACAUUGCCUUGGGCACAGCCCCUUGCUUUCUAGAAACCUCCACAGCUCUACACUCUCCAGUCCCGCUCCGCAUUGCCAGCGCACCCUAUGUGGCGACAACCUCAUUCAAGCCAGCUCGCCUCCAGUUCUCCAGCUUGGAGCAACACCAGUGGAUAGAGCAAUGCCACAGCCGGAGGUCAUGCUGUCUGUCGAGUCGCGCCUGCUUCGAACAUCCAUUGCUUACUCUCAACCUGACAACAUUGAUAAUUUCUUGCAGGCCGGCCUAUAG